AUGUUAUCUGAAGCAAUAUUCGUUUUAGAAGAACUUGAAGAAACAAUAAAUGAUUACAAAAAAAAUCGUACUUUAGAGAGGAGAAAUACAACUGUAUCACUUAUGGAUACUGAUACAACAUCUGCUGGUGUACUAGUUAGUCGUCAACAACAAGUAGCAUCAGCAAUUCCAACAGGUGCUGCUGAUAAUUCACCUGAUUUAAUGUCUCCAAUGAUGCCAAAUUAUAUGUCUCAAUUAGUUCAAAAUCCUCGUUUACUUGAAGGUGUUCUAAUUGUUCCAUAUUUACAACCAUUAAUGGAUCCAGGUGCUGCUAAUUACGAUACAUUAAAACAAAUCAUUGCUAAAAGUCCAAUGUUGGCUGAUAGUCCUGCAGUACGUGAACAAAUGCUAAAGGACUUGCCAACUGUGAUUGGACAAAUGAGAAAUUCUCAAGUACAAUCAUUAAUGCAAAAUCAUCAAGUAUGUGCAGCAAUAUCACAAAUUCAAAAAGGACUUCAAGAUUUACAUAUAGGACUUCAACGUUUACAUAUAGCAGCACCUGAUCUUUUUCAAACUGGUGGUGUAAUUCCUGGUCUUCGAUUUGUUCCAACUGGUUUAGGUUCACCAGCUGCUGCUACCGGUGAUUCAACAAAUUCUCCUUCGACUUCAUCUAUAUCUACAACAUCAACUGGUCAAACUCCAUUAUCAACAACAGGUAUUGCUAGUACACUAUCUUCAAAUGAUCCAAGUAAUUAUGCAUGUGUAUUGGCACAAAUAUUGAAUAUGAUACCAAAUCAAAAUAUUAAUACACCACAGGAUCAACAUUAUGCUGCUCAAUUGGACGAACUUGCUUCACGUGGUUUUACUGAUCGUGAAAGAAAUUUAGAAGCACUUAUUGCAACAAUGGCGAAUAUGGAAGCAGCACUCGAACGACUUAUUCACUAUAUCUAA